AUGGACCAGGUGAUGGUUGAUACGAUGACAGCGGAGGCUUUCAGGGGCAACCCAACUCCAGUUUUCGAGCUGGACCCUGCAGAGUACCGAGCAUGGCCGCCUCUAGAGGUCCUGCAGACCAUUGCAAGAGAAUUGAAUCAAUCCUAUACUGUUUUCGUCAAGCGUAGUGAGGACAGCCAUGACUCUGUCAAAUACCUCAUUCGGUCGUUCACGCUGGACAAGGAGGAGCCUUUCUGUGGACACGGCAUCAUGGGGGCCGCGAUUGUGCUGGGACAGCAGCUCGCAGUUCGUGGGAGACAAAUGAUCUUUGAGACGGUUGGCGGGAUCAAGGUCGAUGGCUACACGAUAUCGGGUCAAUCAUUGGCAUCGUCUGCAGCGGACUUUGGGGGUGUCUGCACGGUGAAGCUCAAGCUACCUGCGGAGCCAGUCAAAGAGUGGUUCGACGGAGACGUGAGGCUUCGGGAAAGCAUCGCGGCGUGUCUCGGGGUCGACGUAUCACAGAUCCUGGCGCUGGGGAGGAAUGCUCUGAUGGAUCUGGUGAUCGAGGUGAGCGAAGACGUCGACUUCUCCGCGGAAAGCAUGGCUGUUGACGCGGUGGGAUUGAUGAACGCCUCUCCUCCUGGGACGAGAAGCCAGAUCAUCACGAGCAAGGGGGGUCGAUACGGGGUUGACUUCGCAAAGCGCGUAUUUGCAUAUGGAGGUGAAGGUAAGCAGAGUCCCCCAGUUUGA